UUAUCUUAGGUUUUAAAUCACUUAUAUGUUACUUUUCUUUUCCUUGUGUCUUCCACUUUCCUUAACUUUUUCAUUUCAUCAAAAAGUGGAAAGAACAAAAACAUGUAUUCCACUCAAAACGUGAUUAUGCAGUGUGAUUCAUGAGAGAGUGGAGAGUUUGAGGAGAGGGAGAUAGCAAAACUCACACUUCCAUUGAAAUCUGGCACAAUUCAAGAACAGAGGUGAAAAGCGUGAAAGGGAUCUCACCACUUUCUUCCUCAAACGUUAUUGAACUCUGUAUAUAUACAUACAUACAACUUGCUUUUGGCCAUACCCCAACAUCCAUCGUAAACGCGAUUCUCACCCUUCUCUGGUGAUCAUUCUUUGUUUUUCUUCCCUUUUCCAAAACAGGGAAGCAGAGUUUUGAUCUUUGUUCAUAACUUUCUGGUUUUGAAUAUGAGGAGCUGAUUUUCUGUGGUUGUUUAAUGUGAUGGUUGUGAUCUCAAGCUUUGUUUGGUGUUUUGAUCUGUUUUCUGAUGUGGGUUUUGAUUCAUUCACACACCCCAUGUGGUAGAAUAUAGUAUUAGUCUGUAUGUUAUGUUAGAUUUGGUUGAUCCAGUUUUGCCAUGAAAAAAGUGAGCUUUUUGAGAUUUGAUUAUGUGUGAAAAAAGCUCAAGAGUACCAAGAUCCUGAAUUUGAUAGAGGAAAAAGCAAAACGAUGCAGUCUAGGUUGGAGGAAGGGAAGGACCCUGGUGUGAUAAGAACUAGUCCUUCUAGGCCAUUCCCUGUGAGACUUCUGCAAUUCUUCUUGCUAUUUUUGGUUAUUGGCUUGGGUGGUUUCUUUCUUAGCAUGUACAUGAUUAGGCAUUUCGGUAUUCACAAUGUGGCUCUGGUACAAUCUACGUUCAGGCCUUGCGUCCAGCAGCCGGCGGCUAUAGAAAGUUGGAUUAGGCCUCCGUCGAGUUUGCUGCACACCAUGAAUGACAUGGAGCUCUUUUGGCGGGCUUCUUUCGUUCCGAGGAUCGAGAGUUAUCCUUUUAAAAGAACUCCAAAGAUUGCCUUCAUGUUCUUGACCAAGGGACCCUUGCCUAUGGCGCCGCUCUGGGAGAAGUUCUUUAAAGGGCACCAGAAGCUAUAUUCCAUCUAUAUUCAUUCACUGCCAUCUUACAAUGCUGAUUUUCCACCAUCAUCAGUUUUUUAUAAGAGAAACAUCCCAAGCCAGGUUGCAGAGUGGGGAAUGAUGAGUAUGUGUGAUUCUGAAAGAAGACUUCUGGCGAAUGCAUUGCUUGAUAUUUCAAACGAAUGGUUUAUCCUCCUGUCUGAGUCAUGCAUUCCUCUCCAGAACUUCAGCAUUAUAUACCGUUACAUAUCACGCUCAAGGUACAGCUUUAUGGGUGCAGUUGAUGAACCCGGUCCUUACGGGAGAGGACGUUACGAUGAAAACAUGGCACCUGAGAUCAACAUGAGCGAUUGGCGAAAGGGGUCUCAGUGGUUCGAAAUUAAUCGAGAACUUGCUAUUAGAAUAGUUGAAGACAGCACUUACUAUCCGAAGCUCAGAGAUUUCUGCAGACCACACAAAUGCUAUGUUGAUGAGCACUAUUUCCAGACAAUGUUAACCAUUAACACUCCUCAUCUUUUGGCAAAUAGGAGCCUCACUUAUGUGGACUGGUCUAGGGGUGGUGCCCACCCAGCUACCUUUGGGAAGGAUGAUAUCAAAGAGGAGUUCUUCAAGAAAGUUUUGCAAGAGCAGACAUGUCUUUAUAAUAACCAGCCAUCUUCCCUUUGUUUCUUAUUCGCGAGAAAGUUUGCACCGAAUGCUUUGGGUCCUCUUUUAGAUAUAGCACCCAAAGUUCUAGGAAUAUAAAAAUUUCAUGGCUUCUGACUUGCAUCCUUGAAGGAGUGCACCAUUGGAGCCAAGUUAGCUUAGCUACUAGCUAACUCCAUUUUGGUCUCAUGAUUCAUCUUCUGUUGUUCCAUCUGUUUUGCAGAUAUUGUGAGUUACUCCCCCAGCGUUUAGAUAUGUAAGGCAUUGAAUCUAAACCAUAUUUCAUACAAGUAUUAGCCAAAAUAUAGUCUGAUAUUUUAUUGGAUUACUUUGAUAGUUAAAUAAAUAUAGUAGCUAUAUGUUUUGAAA